AUAAUUCAUGUCCGUAUUAUGAGAGGGGCUUUCUUCUUUUUCUAGCUUUUGCUUUCCCUUCCCUCCCAAAUUUCACUCUCUCUGACCUAAUUGUCUCAGCUCAGCAACAACACCAUCUCUAAAUCUAAGAGAAGAUCCCUCUAAAGUCUAAAUUUAGCGGCUGCUGACUUUGGAUUUGGUCUUUGGUUUGAGGUUGAUAAUUAAUAAGAGAUCCCGAGAAGAAGAAAAUUAAGAUGACUCCAGCGAAUUUGGCCGGGCAGUUUGGUGACACUACAUACACCAAGGUGUUUGUUGGGGGCUUGGCUUGGGAGACACAAAAAGAGACCAUGAAGAAGUACUUUGAGCAGUUUGGUGAGAUCUUGGAGGCUGUUGUCAUCACCGAUAAGGCCACCGGCAGAUCCAAGGGAUACGGAUUUGUAACUUUUCGGGAUCCGGAAGCAGCUAUGAGGGCCUGUGUUGAUGCUGCUCCUGUGAUAGAUGGGAGAAGGGCUAAUUGCAACCUUGCAUCUUUGGGAGUUCAGAGAUCCAAACCUUCUACUCCAAAGCAUGGAGGAGCAGGUAGGAACUUUAGGGUAAUGAGCUCUUUUCAGACUGGGUUUGGAGGUGGGGUGGGAACAACUUUUCCUUCAGCAGCAUCCUUCCCUCAUUAUGCCAUCCAGCAAGGGAUACCUUAUAAUGUUUAUGGGUACUCUCCAUACUCGCCAGACUACACUUACCCGGCGAGCUACUACAGUAUAUAUGGAGGGGCAACUGCCCAGUAUUCUAUGUACGGAACUGGGCCUGGAGGGAUGAUGACAGGUGCGGCAACUGCGUUUUAUCCUUAUCUCCAAUUUGGAGAGGGAAGUGGAGGAGGAGCUGCUGGCUACACUUCAGGGCAAAGCUAUGGUGUUCAGUAUCCUCACCAUCUGUUUCAGUAUUCAGCCAUUAAUUCAACUGGAGCGUACCCCCAGCACUAUGGUGCACCCAUGUCUCUUGCACCAACUGCAGCUUUGCAAUCAGUGUGCUUUGCUGUGCCACAGGCGUGACCAUGGCUCUUCGUGCCCCGCCAAUUCCUCAUCGCUAGAGACUAUCGCAUUCUAGCCACCUGGCCCCACUUCUAUGCUUCCUCAUCUGCUUUUUUGAGGUCUCACCUUUGGCCUAACCAUGGUUCUCUCUUUGCCUUUCUAUUAACUCAAACCCCCCAUAGGGGUUACAGCACUAGUCACUCCAAAAACUGGAGUCAUGCAUCUCAAUUUUUCCCUUGCAUAUACGUUUGAAAGAAAGGUUCCCUGAAGAGAACCAAAUCUAUCAUGUGUAUGUAUUCUCCAACUCAAGCUAUAGGAUUAGCUUUGAGUGGAAACAUUUUUUUUUUCUAUUGUUAGCCCUGGAAAUGGCUAACCAAGAAAAUAACCAUUUUGUAAAUGCUAGCCUAGGGAAGGCUAAUCCACUGGAAAAUGGUUUGCAAAAAUGUAUAUUCAGCAACACAAAUAUAGCAAGCCCUUUGUUUUCAAUACCAGCUUUUUAGUGCCUAAUCCCUCCAACAAUUAAUAGAUGAUCACCUCUAGAUGAAGAGGCAGUUUUAUUUUAGCAAAAUCAUGGCCAGGGCAUGGAUGCCCUCAGUUUUUGUGCAUUGACAUCUUAGCUAGUCUUAGGAUUUUAGAGCUAGCUAGGACCACGCAAUCAUGUUAUUUCAUAUUUUUUUUGUUACCAACUUUACUUUUAAAAUCUUAAUGUGUUUUAACCAACAACCUUCCCUUGGGUAAGGGAAGAAAAUCUCAUUAACUGUUCUUUUAAUUAUUAUUUGUACUUUUUUACAUUUCCUGUAAAUUCAUUGUGGCUAAACUUUGGGAGUUUUAGCCUCUUUUAGUAAAGAAUAGGAGGGUUAGUGUUUGUUUUUUUUUUUUUGCAUCUAGAUUUUACCCUGUUUCAACAUCACGCCGAGAACUCCAUAAAUGGAUGUGGAGCUCACAGCACAUGCAUGCAACUCUAGGGAGAUAUUUUGAUUCCCUUGAGUUCUUCUCCUCUAACUCACCAACCAUGGUUAGGACUUAGGUUAUCCUCUCUCCCUCUGUCUCUGUCUCUCCCCCUCUCUGUGGAACUUUUACCUGGAGAUGGAUCAAGAUACUCUUUAUAUGUAUAAGCCCUAUAUAUGGUUUGUAUUGUAAUUAGGAUGCUACUUAAUUAAUUAGGACAAGAUUCAUUCUCUAACCACGGUGGUUGAGAAUGGAUAUAUGCUACUCACUUCUAUGCUUUUAAUUUGAGACUGCAAUGCUUACUUUUCCGCCAA